AUGGAGCGUAACGCUCCCCCGCCCGAACCCACCAUCGAGCAACUGCGACAUGUUGCGCUCCACUUUCCCAUAAUCGACAACCAUGCCCACAACCUUAUUCUGCCAGCGCAUGCAGAUACGAUCCCCUUCGAAUCCAUAACCUCGGAAGCGCAGGGUCGGGCUCUAAGAGAUACAUUCAAAUCAUUGGCCCACCUCAGAGCGGCAAAGCAACUACGGGAGCUGUACGAGCUGGACGACAAGGCCGUUUGGGGAGACAUCCUCGAACAAAGGGAGGAAUGGCUUCGCUCCGACCCCGAACGCUUCAACCAGCGCUGUUUCGAAGGCGUUUCUACUCUACUGAUCGACGACGGCCUCGCCGGUCCCGGGAAGGUGCAUCCGUAUGACUGGCAUGACCGAUACACGGAUGCUCCGUGCAAGCGCAUUGUACGCAUCGAGACUGUUGCUGAGCGUCUGAUGGAAGCCAUUGUGAAAGAUGCAGAUGAAGACGAUUUGGGAAAGACCAGUUUCUAUACCGAGACCUGGGUUAGUUUCAUGGACGACUUUGAGCGCGAGAUCCAGGAAGCCAUCGAAGAUCCAGAAGUAGUCGCUUUCAAGACUGUCGUUUGCUACAGGACGGGAUUGGAUGUUGAAGAGGACUACGAACGUGCUGCGAAAGCAGUUGGGUACCCAUUCGAACGCUACGUUAAGAACUGCGUUCGAAAGCGCAGUUUCAGGAUCGAACGAAAGCCGCUCAAUGACUAUCUGAUUUUGAGGACUUUGGAGAUACUUUCAGACGGCCUGUCUCGCUCGGAUAGCUUAUCCAAGCCUUUGCAGUUGCAUACCGGACUUGGUGAUAAUGACAUCGAUCUGAGCUUGUCAAACCCGGCAUUUCUCCAGCCACUCAUCGAGAACUACACGAACAUACCAUUUGUCAUCCUUCACUCAGCUUACCCCUAUACUCGUGAGGCUGGCUACCUCGCGACAGUCUACAAGCACGUCUACCUUGACAUCGGCGAAGUCUUCCCAAUGGUCAGUCGAGAUGGACAGAGGGCCAUUUUACGUCAAGCACUGGAGUUGGUGCCAGGUAGCAAACUGCUCUACUCUAGCGAUGGUCACUGGUUUCCUGAAACCUUUUGGCUGGCGAACAAGCAGUUCCGCGAGGUGUGGCUCGAGUUACUCAUCGAAUACGUCGAGAAGGAAGAUCUUACUCCUCAACAUGCAAUCGGAAUGACCAAGGAUAUCCUUUUCAAUAACUCGAACGCGCUCUACGACCUGCGUUACGAGGCCAUAUUUAACGAAAUUCCACAAGAAGUGCCCAAGCAACUGACGUACAACUCCAAAAGCGGUCAAGAGCCUCAACCAGUCUCCAUUCCGAUGACUUCCCCACCGAGAAGAGACGUCGCAGCACGUCCAGAUUCAGAUGGUCAGCGAUCUGCCAGUCCUUACGAUCCGCCCCUGUUCUCGCCGCCGGCCAAAACUUCACGUUUGUAUGAUGUUGCUCGCUUCGAUGCGUUCAUAAGACAGAAUCCGGACAUCAGGUUCGUGUACGUUCAAUGGCUGGACUACAUGGCGACAAUGCGGGUCCGAAUCCUUCCCGUCAAAGAAUUUACACGUAUUGUCUAUGAAGGGCAGCGCAUCGGCAUAUCACAAGGUAACACUGGCACAUUACAGAACGACAAAUUGACGCCUGUGGUCAACACCAAGGGGCAGAUCUACAUUGAGCCGGAUCUACGCUCUCUACGUCGAGCACACGACAAGGACCCUCUCAAGGCUGCCACUGUGCUGAGCUACUGGCGCACCGAAGACGGCUCUCCACUCCCCUCAUGUCCACGGAACCAUCUCGAAACACUAAUCAGUGAGCUACAAUACAGACACGACACGACCCUACAAGUCGGCUUUGAAAUAGAAGUCACGUUUCUCUCCCAUGACAAACCACUCAACCCCUUCAACUCACAAGCGACCCAGCCUACGUUUGCACCUGUCACUAGUGUGCACGCGUGGUCCACUCUCACACCAACACAAUGGCUCCAAACUCCCAUGCUUGCUGAAAUCGCCACCUCCCUCUCAGACAUGGGUAUUGACCUGCAGCAAUUCCACGCCGAGUCGGGAGCAGGGCAGUACGAGUUCAUCCUCCCGCCUGCUCCACCUCUGCUUGCCAUAGACAAUCUUAUUCAGGCGAGGCAAGUCAUUGCUCAGAUCGCAGCUCUACAUGGUCUGCGAGCGACACUUCAUCCGAAGCCGUUUGGCGACGACUGUGCAGGCAGUGCGGCGCACGCUCAUAUCUCGUUGCAACCGCCUGCUCACGAUAAGGCGUUUUUCGUUGGGGGCGUACUGAAGCACCUCCCUGCUCUGUGCGCGCUGAUGAUGCCUGAUGCACAGAGCUACGGGCGUGUGGUCGACGACCAGUGGACGGGCGGUACAUGGGUAAGUUGGGGAACCCAGAACAGAGAGUGUCCGCUACGACGUGUCGACGAUGGACGCUGGGAGAUCAGAUGCAUCGACGGCCUUGCGCACAUGUACAUCGCCAUGGCCGGCAUCGUUGCUGCGGGAAUGCUGGGCUUAUCUUCUGCUCCAGCUCCUGGGCCGGGCUACGAUCAGACCGUGGCAGGAGCGACGGAGCAUGGAGGAGUAGGACUCGAAGACGUCCAGCAACGACAGAGUCAGAGCGAGCCCGGAUACAAGGAACUCGACGUUCCCGUCAACCCAUCGACGCUCGACGAACAAGGGCGCGCUCAGUACGGAAUCACGCGGCAGCUGCCGCCGUCUUUCCAGGACGCAUUAAGAGCGCUGGAAGCAGACGCCGCGCUGAAAGAAGCCCUUGAGCCGGCGAUCAUGAAAGACUACAUCACGAUGAAGUACCACGAACAGGCCAUGCUAGACAAGCUGAACGAGGCGGAGAGGCGCGAGUGGCUGAUCGAGCGGUAUUAA